GCUACUUACAGCGUUGUUCUUAGGUUUUCCGGAAUGCCCUCUCCACUCCAUAUAUAAAGUCUCCUAAAUCUCCGAAAUCUCUCUAGAAUUAUCACUCCGCAAUCGCUGUUUCCUCCUGAUCACAACCGUCUCUUCUACCAAGCCGCGACGCCAUGGCACUUCCGAAUCAGCAGACAGUUGAUUACCCGAGCUUUAAGCUUGUAAUUGUCGGCGACGGUGGCACCGGGAAAACAACUUUUGUCAAGAGGCAUCUUACUGGUGAAUUUGAGAAGAAGUAUGAACCUACUAUUGGAGUGGAGGUUCAUCCGUUGGACUUCUCUACAAACCUUGGGAAAAUUCGGUUUUACUGCUGGGAUACUGCAGGUCAGGAAAAGUUUGGAGGUCUCAGGGAUGGUUAUUACAUCCAUGGACAAUGUGCUAUUAUAAUGUUCGAUGUUACUGCCAGAUUAACAUACAAGAAUGUGCCUACAUGGCACCGUGAUCUAUGCCGGGUGUGUGAGAAUAUUCCAAUCGUCCUCUGUGGAAACAAGGUUGAUGUCAAGAACAGGCAAGUGAAGGCAAAGCAGGUCACUUUCCACAGGAAGAAGAAUUUGCAGUACUAUGAAAUCUCUGCAAAGAGUAAUUAUAACUUUGAGAAGCCUUUCCUCUACCUUGCUAGGAAACUUGCUGGGGAACCAAACUUGCAAUUUGUUGAAGCUGUUGCCCUUGCUCCUCCGGAAGUCCAGAUUGAUAUGGAGGCUCAAAAAAGGCAAGAGGAAGAACUUCUAAGUGCUGCUGCACAGCCACUCCCUGAUGAUGAUGAUGAUGCCUUCGAGUGAUUUGUCUUCAUCCAAUGAGUCGUUUCUGUGGGGUUGGUUGGUGUAGCAAGCUCCGGCUAGAGUACUUUUGGUGAGGGAUACGGAUGAUGUGUGAUGAGGUUUCAAACUGGUUUUUGGCUCAUUUAAUAUUAUUAUUAUUAUAUGUGGGAAGGAAAUAUGAAACUUAUAUUCAUGUCCUUCCUUAUUAGUGUGCAUCUGUGUAUGAUUUCGGAUAUAUUCUGAAAUAUCUUGCCAGGUUUUUAUGUUGAGCUAUUCUCUAUUUGGUGGGAUUUUCUGUGAAGGCUGAUUUUAUCUGAGCGACUGAGCCCAUUCCUUUCUUACUUAUUUCAAAAUAUUUGCACGAAUUCCGGGCAGAACGUUCUAACUAUAUACACUUUCAAACCCUUGAAAGUUUUUAAAACGCUGAUAUCGGUCGGCCACCAAAUUCGUCGCCAAGCUGAAAACUAACAAGUAAAGCAAGUGAAAGAAAUUAGUAUUCCUAAACCCUCGGGUCAUUUAAUCUAUAUUCCAUACUUCCGUAUGAGAAAAUGGGAUGAGAACUUGAGAACUGGGGAAGUGAUGCGUGAAAUCUUCGAUGCAGUAACUAGUAGGAGUAAUUAACGCAACUUCUCAAGUUAUAGAACCCAAUGUGUUAGAAUUUAAAUGAUCUGUUUGUGAAUUGUUAUCCAAUUGUAGAUGAUGUUACAUCCAAAUUGUUAGGGUCAACGGUCAACCUGCAAAUCACUUGGAUAGUAUAGCCUAUGAUAGCUGUUCAAUUAAAUCAUAUUCUCAUCCUCUUGCCAUUGUUUAACUUUCGUCCUUCAGACUUUUUUUUGCUAAUUCGCUAACUACUGAAGAGCAAUUCUUUUUUAAAUGGUAAUGAAAAGAACAAGUUUGGAAUGGUGCCAUGGCCAACGGAAUAACAGCUCUUGAACAAAAUAAUGUUUGCAUAUUAACAAAUUCAUCUACCAAUUUUUUUAAAGAACCAUAUGCGACUUUAUAAGUUAUACUCCGUACCAUAUAUUUUUUCAUUACCGUACAAUUUUCGCUACAUGUUCGUUUGCUUAGGAUAAUUUUAUUGAAAUUUUAUGAUUUGGUGUUUGAUCUCAUUUGGUAAAUGUCUAAUCUUUGUCUAUUUUAUAUGGAAGUCUAAUCCGAUUUGUGAUUUGUGAUUGAAAUAUGUUCAAAUAAAUGACUUAAGAACAUUGUUAGGGUGUGGUCAUCUGGAAGUGUUAAUGGUCAUAACACUUCAGAGAGGUAUUUUUUUAAUGCAAAUACGCAUAUCUUGUGAUGUACUUAAAAUUUUUGGGACAAGUAUGGAAUACACAAGAGAAAUUUAAUAAUAAUUUAUACAUAUUUAUACAUAGUAUAUAAUAACUUGAUUAAUAUAUUAGAAGAAAUUAUUGAUCGUGUGUGAUCCAUAAUGUAUAUUAAAGGGAGGAAGUAUGUUAUAUUUAUCCAUAAUGUAUAUUUUUCGGAAAUUCAAGAAACAACAAAUGGCAUUGUGAUCU